ACUAAUAUCUGAAAACUGAAUCGUUUGGCGUCAACGAUUGUAUCAAUGGCGUCUAGUUAUUGUAGACAAAUGAAAAAAUCAAGAUAUACAGAAAAUAGGAUAAGCAUAAGUUAAAAGUGGUUGCAAAAUGCUUAGUUAGCUGUUUAAAGAGUAUGUGAAUAGUGUUAACUGUAGUAAAUUUAUAAAAACAAAAAUGGAUGGAAAAACUACAGAGUGGCGACCGGGGCCUACUGUGUGCCGAUGUUGUCUCUCUGAGGGUUGUUAUAAGGACAUUUCAACUGAAUAUUUUUGGAUGGGAAAGAGAGAAGUUUAUGCCGAAAUGCUUUUAGAAACAUUUGAUUUAACCAUUUCCUACGCGCAAUCCGGCACGCCAAACAGUCACAGUCGUCUCAUAUGCGAGCCGUGCAUAUCUCGUUUGCGGGAUGCGGCCGAUUUCAAACGUCAGGUCAAAGAGUGUGAACAGACGUUCCUGCAAUGUUUCAAUCCUAUCAGCUCUGUGGAUAUAGAGAUUCCAAUGGAUAUAACGGAUAAAGAACCAGUCAAAGUGGAGAAAGUUAAACAGGAGAAGGAGAACAGCUAUGAUGAUGAUGAUUAUGGUGAUGCCCCCGAGUUCCUUGAUGAUGACGACGAUCUGGACGACCAACCGCUGAUGAAUCUAGCCACGAAAGUACCUAAAAAGGAGACGGUCGAUGUGAUGGAUCUAUUGGACAAUGCGAAGGCGGUUAAACGGAAAUCUUCGAAGGCCAAAACCAGCCCAGCGAAACGGAAAGCGAAGGAGGCCAAACCGGCGGCCAGCAAGGCCAAGCCGGAGAAGAAGAAGAAAGGCAUGGAAUCGGUGGAAUUGAUCGUGAAAAGACAGGAGCCAGCAAAACGAGUUACGCCACUGUUUCAAGUUGCGUACGAUUGGACAUUGUGUAAACCGCUGGGGACUGUGAGGGACUUCAGUAAAAUUCAACUUAAAAACCCCCCCGUGAAUGUUCCGUCACUUAACGAAUAUUCUGUAUCGCGUAGUCCGUCCCCUGUGUCCGUGGGAAGAACGAGCCCAGAAGUAUCCGUGGAUAUUAAAGACAUCGUCGCUAUAGAAACGCCGCAAGUUUUUAAGAAGCAAUCAGAUUAUAGACAGAACGCCCUGACUGUGUUUGAGUUUUCCACAGCGUACCCCUUCAUAUAUGGGAAUAAUAAGUUUAAAUGUUUCAUCUGUUCCCAUCCUUUUCUCGAAACGUCGGUACUGCGGCAGCAUAUGAACGAAAAUCACACUUUCGCUCCGUUGAAACGGUUGCUCAACAAUAGAAGGGAGAAUGUCUUAAAGGUGGAUGUCAGCGAGUUGGCGUGUAAACUGUGCUCUGUCAAACCUAAAGAUUUAUUGGAACUUAAAGCUCAUUUGAAGGAAGAUCACCACAAGCCCAUAGAUCCAGAACUACAAGACAACAUGAUACCGUUCAAAUUGGAUUUCAAUGAAACGUACAAGUGUGUGAUAUGCGAUCAGAGUUUUAUCAAAGUGCGUCUGCUUGUCAUACACAUGAGCGUACACUUUAACAACUACAGCUGCGAAAUAUGCGGCUCGGGUUUUAUGACACUGCGCUUGUUGAAAAAGCACUUGGAAGUCCACGAAACGGGUAACUUUCCCUGCGAUAGAUGCACUAAAGCGUUCAGUACGGCGUACAAAAGGUCGCUUCAUAUACGUGGUGUGCAUUUGAAACAGUACCCCAGGCGAUGCCCCAUGUGCCCGGAGCGGUUCAACUCGAAUUACAGGCGAACGAUUCAUCUACAGGAUGUUCACAAUCAGUCGACGCGAGUUCACAAAUGCGAGACGUGCGGCAGAGCGUUCAAUUUGAAAUAUCAUUUAAUUUGUCACACGCGAUCGGUUCAUUUGCAAGAGAGGAAUCAUCAGUGUAAAAUCUGUUCGCAGAGGUUUUGUAAUAAGGAAACGCUGAAGAGGCAUAUGAUCAUACAUACGGGGGAGAAAAAUCACAAAUGCGACUUUUGCGGGUUGGCGUUUUUGCGCAGGAAAAAUUUGAAGGACCACCUGCGAUUGCACGAUGUUGUCUAACAUUUUAAAAUGUUCUUGGUCAUAAUUAAGCAGUUUUGAGGGUAGUUUACCCUUCGUAAUUACCAGUUAGGUUUGGAACGUUUUGGAAUGUCUCAAAUUAAGAUGCUUAAGUACAUAUCGUACAAUUACAAUGCAAAUGUUGGAAUGAGACUUGGUAAAUAAUUGUAAUAAUACUCUUUGUCACAUUAUGAUCUUGAUAAAAGGUUACAUUUUUUAUAAAUCUGUCCUAACUGAUUGGAACCUACGAUAUAAAUUGUUCAUUUCAUAAUUCGAAUAUUUAUUAAUUUGAUGCAUCUAUAAUGUGUAAACAUUGUGAAAUAUUUAUGCAUCAUACCUAAAAUUUGUACAGAAAAUUAUGAUAUUUCUUUAAUAUUGUGAAUCAAUUGUUUAAGUAUGAUAUACGCUUUUGUUAGAAUAUUGUUUGGGCGAGAUAUCACUCACACAACAUACUCAACUCAGGGUGAUUUUAAUAUGGGUCACGAAGAGCAAAGAUUUUCUGUGCCAUCUCUGACAUCACACGAAUUUCAGUGGCGUAGCUAGGGGGACAAGGGCCCUGGUGCAUAGGGAAAGAAUCGGGCUCUCCCCCCCUCUUUCCGCCUUCCUACCCUCUUUCAAAGCUGAGGUUAGAGGGCCCCCUGAGCUCCGGGGCCCUGGUGCACUGCACCACCUGGCCCUAUAAUAGCUACGCCACUGAGUCAAAUUUUAGUUGUUUUUGAAGCGGCCCUCUCAUAGGUUGACACACUUUAAGGAAUCCCACCAAGUGGCGUCACUUUAAAUUUGAUGUAUGUAUUGAUAAAAAAAAUAAAAGGAAAAGUGAAGUAUUAAAUUGUUAUCGCAUUAGAAAAUUUCAAAUCUCGCACGUUAUGACAUGUUUUAUAUAUUAACAUAUGACGUCACAAAGCAAUUGAUCAAUAAAUUAUAUAAUCUUCUCUGUCUCAAAUGUAUAAGUAUUUUUCAUUUAUUUUUUUUUAUAUUUUAAUCGGUUUUUUAGACUAGUUUAAAUAAAUUGCCCAUUGCCUUGCCUUAUCGCUGCAUCAACGAGCAAAUUUUAUUCCAUUUCAGAAACCGGUUCUGUGUAAAACGCGUGAUUAAGUAUUCAAGUAUUACUAACUAUUUAUUUUGUUUUAUUAUUAUUUUUAAGAGCUGUGCUGUGCAUAAUAUGUUGAUUGGUGAUUAUCAAUUGUACUAUGUGAUUGAAUUAGACAUUGUACUCUCGAAUUAAGACCUAGUAUUUGUACAUUAAGCAAUGAAACUCAUAAAUCGUGAUUACAUUAAAAUACCUCAGACAUUAUGGAGGGAAAUCUCAUUUAAGUUAACUGUCCACUAGUAGUUUUAAGCGAUUUUUGAAUAAACAAUAUGC